UGGCUUCUUUAAACGCUCAGACUUAGUCCUUUAAACGUCCAAUUAAUUAGUGCACCUGCCAUGCACCAUUAGUUUCAUUUUCUAAUUAUAUUACAACAGUAUAUAUACCAUACAAGUAUUUUAUGUGAAAUAUGAGUGAAUACCCACAUGCUGCCAUCCAUGAAAGGAGGAACCCUUGAAGUGCUUCUUGUUGAUGCUGAAGACAUUAGGCACACAAAUCUUCUUGGUAGACCAUCCUACUACGUGAUCAUAAAGUGUGGAAAUCAAGAAUACAGAAGCAAGCAAUCAUCAGAUGAAGAUGAAAGAGUUAGCUGGAAUGAAAAAUUCACAUUUGAAUUCCCCUUAUCAAAUUGGAAAAAGUUGACUCAUCUCAAACUCAGAAUUAUGGACACUGAAUUAUUCACAGAUGCUGGAUUUGUUGGUGAAACCAUGAUUCAUCUUGGUGGGAUAGUUACUGAGGGAAAGGACAGAGGAUUUAUUGAACUAAAACCAGCUCCAUACAAUGUGGUGCUUGAAGAUGACACCUAUAAAGGAGAGAUAAAAAUUGGAUUUCGAUUUACUGCAAAUGUACGUAUAUAG